CCUCAAAUCUGAAGGUUCCUUUGCUACACUACAGAUAUCGAUCGAAGAAAACUAGUCCAUAGGUAGAUAAAUAUUGUAUCGUUGAAUCUCUCAAGGUCGUUUCCUUUGCUUUGCUAGCUAGCUGCAGAAGAAAGGAAAAGCUAUAGCUAUUAGAGAGAGAGGAGGGAUCAGAAGAAGCUGCUAGCUGCUAGCUCGCUGCCGGCCGGCCGGCCGGAGAAGUACCUCUAAUAUAUAUAAGUCCGUCGAUCGUGUCAGCCAUCGCCGGCGCCGGCGUUGAUCAGGACCAUCACCAUGCAUCCACCAUACUGAAAUCUCUGUGGAAUAAUCCUAUAUAUCGCCCAAGGUGGCCAAAGAUUGCUGAGAUAGAGAGCCACUGAGUCAGAUCCGACAAAAGCAAAAGUAAUGAACCUUUAAUGUUCACCGCCGGCGUCGGCAACAAGGCAUCCGCCAUCUGGAGGUGUUCAAGGCCAUCGGCUGAGAGUAGCAAGGAGGGCAACAGCUUCGUUCUUGACUUAAUUAGGUCAUUUUUUUGCAAACACGCAAAAGACUUAUGCAUUGAUAUAAUAUUAGAAGGAAGCAAAUAGUUACACGCGCAAAAGGCUUUGCUUCAACUGGUACAGAGACAGGGUGGUCAACAUUGAGGGAUCUGUAAUGUUGGUAUACGACACAGCUUGCAGAAAAUAAGAUUAUGAUUGGAAAUAUCACACGAUGCUAUGAUAAGUUGAAGUUCAAAGUAGACAUCAAUCAGAAUAUUAAGGUUUUCACAGAAGAUGAGAUUAAACGGAUUACUAGCAACUUCAGCAUUCCGAUCGGACAAGGCGGCUUUGGAGAAGUGUAUAAAGGGACUCUUGAUGAUGACUAUGAUCUUGUUGCGGUGAAGAGAUAUAUUAGCAAAGAUUUAAGGAAAGAGUUUAUGGAAGAAGUAAGCAUCCAUAGUCAAAUGAGUCACAGAAAUGUGGUGGAGCUCAUAGGCUAUUGCAUUGGAGAAAGUACUCUAAUGAUUGUUACUAAGUAUAUCUCCAAAGGAAACCUUGAUGACAUACUCCACAACAGUGACAUUUCCAUCCCUUUGGAUGUAAGGCUGGGUAUUGCUAUAGGAUGUGCGGACGCAUUGAGCUACAUGCAUUCGAUGCAUUUAUCGAAUGGCAGUCUUAUUUGUCAUGGUGAUAUUAAGCCUGCCAACAUACUUCUAGAUAGCAAUCUGACAUCGAAAUUGUCAGACUUUGGAGUGUCAAGGCUUCUUUCAGGUGGUGUCACUCAGUACACUGUACAUAUAAAAGGAAGCGUAUCUUACAUGGAUCCUAUAUACUUUCAUGAGGGUUGUCUUACUCCGAGGAGUGAUGUUUAUAGUUUCGGAAUGGUUCUCUUGGAACUAAUAGCUCGAAAAAGGGUAAGAAAAGGUGACAUUAACCUCAUUGGAGGUGGAGAAAUAUUUGAUGCUGAGAUAGCAAACCGGAGCAAUAUGAAGAUUCUAAAAGAAAUGAGGAAAUUGGCAAUUGAAUGCCUAACACUGGACAUUCAUAAACGUCCUCAAAUGAAUGUUGUGGCAAAACGCCUUCGUACACUUAAAAAAGAAUUAAAAGACAUGCAUGGAAGAUACUCAGAACACAUUUUGGCAUCACACCGCUCAUGGCGAAAAAAUGACAACCAGGGGCCGAGCUAUAAUUCUAGGAUGCAACUGAAGAAGAGUUUGAGCAUUUUCAAGAGAAAUCUUAGCAAUUCUUCUAAGAUCCUAUUGGGACUCGGCAAUAUGAGAAUUUUCACACAGGAGGAGCUAAAUGAAAUCACACAGAAUUACUCGUGUCUACUCAGUGGAGGUACUUCGGGUAAGGUUUACAAAGGAACGCUUGAGGACAAUACGGUGGUAGCGGUGAGGAUAUUUUCCGAGGCACUUGAGGGUUUCGAAGAGGCGUUUAUCAACGGAGGGAUGAUCCUAUCUCAAAUUGUCCACAAGAACAUCAUCAGACUCUUGGGUUACUGCUUGAAUGCUGAUUGUCCCGCAUUUGUGUACGAGUAUGCUGCUAGAGGAACCCUCUCUGACAUUCUAGAUGGCCGUGAAGAUUUCCCACUGCAUUUACGCGUGAAGAUCGCAGUUGAGACAGCAGAAGCAUUAGAGUACCUCCAUUCCUCAGCAGCUGGUAUGAUCAGACAUGGCUAUGUUGCACCAUCCAAGACACUUGUUGAUGACAGUUUCACGCCAAAGCUGACGGGAUUCUCAUGGGCGCAGAGGCUCAACAAUGAUGACAGCGCAAUUCAUGAUCAUGAUAAGUACUGUGUGUCACUAAAACUGAAAACCGAUGUGUAUCAGUUUGGUGUUCUUGUCUUGACGCUCAUUAGUAGGAAGAACUUUGCGUUUUAUGCGGAUCACGAACACCUUGUCUCGCAAUUCCUUGCAGCUUACAAGGCAGAUAACAGUGGAAGGGCAUUUUUCGACGAUGAUAUCACAACUCGUAGCGAAGAUGUUGCUCUCCUCGAAGAGAUAGGGAAGCUAUUGCUCAAGUGUAUUUGUUUGGAAAUAGAUCAAAGACCAACAAUGAAACAAGUGGCACAACACCUUCGGAUCAUUCGGAGAUGUUGGAAGAAUAAUUGCACAGCCGAUGGAGCUUCACUGGUAACUAAUUAAAUCUCAUAUAUAUCACUAGAGCUGAUCAAGGAACUGAACUUGACAGUACACUUGGUUCACUCUAAGUGAUCGUGUACAAGCAUUGUGUGUGAAUUGUAAUAUAUUAUUUGUUACCAGAACAUCUUGCAGUAUAUGCUGCCAUUCGGAUGAUGUUAUCUGAACUUGCAUGCAAUCUGCUUCUUAUGCGGUCGAUCCCAUGAUGUUUAUCUGAACUUGGUUCUACUAGUGGAUAUAGAAAAUUCAUGUUCAAUGUUGGUAGUGGUGUUUCCCUUAA